AUGGCAACGGGCACGCAGAGGCGACACUACAGCAGGAGGAGGCGGUUCUCAGAAAGGCUGGGGACAGAGAUGCGGAACCAGACACAUCGACGAUUUAAAAGCGCAUGCACACGCCGCCAUGCCCGCCUGUGUGUCAAUGCGGGCGUGUGCGCGCGCACGCGCGUGUACCCUUGGGGCGCGCACAGAUUCCAGGACUCCCCGCUGCAGACCUGCCGUGUGCGUCUGUGUGACCACCAGCGAGCGCAUGCACUAGCCGGCACGCCCGCCGGCGUGUCAGUGCGUCUUUAUGUUUGUGUGCGCUCGUGCCUGUGUAGUCUCGGGGCGCGCACACACACCGGCACGCCCGGCUGCAGGCCUGCUCUGUGUGUGUGUGUGUCUGCGGCGUCUGCACACACUCCCGGCCCGGUGUGUGAGCGUGCGUGUGUGCGCGCCGCGGGGCGCUCCCUAACGCACACCAGGCUGCGGCCCCCCCGCCAGCGCCUCUCGGCCGGGUGCGCGCCCAGCAGUUUCUAUAGGAACCGCGGCAGCGCCCGGGCCCCUCCUGCCGAGCCCCGCGCGAGCAUGCCCAGUGGAGGCCGCUAG